GAGGGGUGGUCGUAAGGACUCGGGCACUCCUCUGAUACCAACUGCUAGUCCCCCUGCUCAAGCUGUUCCUUAGGAGGGAAGGACGAGAAACCUUCAUAUGGCCACUUUCUUUUAGGAAUUUAUGGCGGAGAUGAGACGCCAAGCAUCUCCUGCCACAAGUGUGCCACCUUCAUCCCUAGUGAUUUCCACUCCUGCGGCCCCUGCUCCGAUUUCUUUUGUUCCUAUCUCUUCUGCUCCUGCUGUGCCUAGCUGGAAGAUUUAUAUUGAAUUCCAGAAGGUUUCUGAUGACCUUAAGGUUAAUGUGGGCAGCUAUAUGCUUACGGGUGACGCAUUAACUUGGUGGGAGACUUGUUUGAAGCUACACCAAGAAGAGCUUGAAUUAAGCACCUGGGAUGGGUUUAAAAGGGUGUUCAUGCAAGAAUAUAUACUUGACAGCAAAAGCGAAUUUGCAGAUCUAAAACAAUGGUCACGUACUGUUGAGUGGUACAAGAAGGAGUUUGACCACUAUCUGCCUUUUGUUGAUAGUCAAGUCGGGGAUGAGCAAUCUAAAGCCGAUAGAUUUUUAUGGGGUUUAAAUCCUGACAAUUACCUGGCAGUGAAGCAAUUCAAACCUGCUACCUAUAGAGAGGCAACAGACAGAGCCAUAGAUCAGGAGAAGGCUAUGGCUAGAGUCAAGACACAAGAUCCGCAAAAAGUUGGGUCAUUUUUUAAGAAGAGAAAAUUUGAUGAGAGUCGUAGACCCUCUAUCUCUGCACCGCCUAAGUCUGAUACUGGUGAGGCUUCUAAAGAGCUAAGGGUUGCCAAGACUGUGGGUCAAGCAUCAGUAGCCCAACGUACUCAACCUGCUCCACCUAUUUGCCACACUUAUGGAAAAGUGGGCCACACUUGCGACCAAUGUCGCAUUUUUACUAGGGCUUGCUUUAGAUGUGGCAAGCAGGGACAUCGGGUUGCAAAUUGCCCGCAGCCGGACCCUAGAGCUCAGAGUACUCAAACUGUGUCUCAGCAAGAUAUACAUAUUUCCGACCCAAACCACAACAUUAAUCCCGAACCCAUUCAACUCUAUGAGGAUCUCACUUAUGAUGAGCACCCGAUCUGCAUCUCAGAUUUGAAGGAGAGAACCUUCUACACCUCUUCCAAGAUUGAGGUAUGAGUUUAGGGGACUAAACUCCUUUUUAGGAGGGGUGGAUGUAAUACCUCCAAAUUUUCUAAGACAUUUAAGUGCGAGUUAUGGACUUAAUUGUGAGAGAAUAAUAUUGUUCGCCUUAAUAAUAGAAAUUUUCAAAG